AUGUCUUCAUUGCCAAGUCCCAAGCUGAAUACCGAAGAUCUCGAUGCUCUCAUAACCGCAAACCACAUCCUCCACUACAACAAAGUCCUCGACGCUUACGGUCACAUUUCGCUGAGGCACCCCGAAAAACACGAUGUCUUCAUCAUGUCCGGGGACCGAGCCCCGGCUCUCGUCUCCUCUCAGUCCGACCUAAUCGAAUAUAACAUCUCAGACAGCUCUCCAGUUGAUCCGAGCUCCAAAAAAGGGUAUCAGGAGCGUUUCAUCCACAGCGAGAUCUAUAAAUGCUUUCCUGAGGUCAACAGUGUGAUCCACAGCCACUCUGAAGCUGUGCUACCAUACACGAUGAGUGGAGUAGCCAUGAAGCCUACUUUUCACAUUGCGGGAUUUCUGGGGACUCAUGUCCCGAUCUACGAUAUCGUGCCUUUGUACUCUGAAGAUGAUCAGCAGGACAUGCUCGUUAACUCCCAGAAAUUUGGGGCAAGCCUAGCAUCGACGUUUUCCACCUCCGCCUCAGCAUCCUCAACUCCGAACCACAACGUGGUGUUGAUGGCCAAUCACGGCUUCACCGCCCUUGGUACAAGCAUCAAGCAAGCGGUCUACAGGGCCGUAUACACACAUGUCAACGCCUCCGUCCAAACCAACGCCAUCACCCUACGAAACGCAGCAAUAGGAGCAGGGGUUAGUGUUGAGGGGGAGUUGCGUUUUUUAAAUGAGGAGCAAGUGGCAGGCAGUUUGAAAAUGAACGAUGCGAGCCAGGACCGACCCUGGGGGCUGUGGGUUGAGCAGGUCGAGACAUGUAGGAUGUAUGAGCAUACUAGGUCCCACGAUAGGUAGGAAGUGCCAGGAAAGGGAAUACGGAGGAACGUGGUAGCGGAAAGGGCUAAAAUCGACUUCCGAGGAGAAGAAAAAAUAAGAUUUCCUACGUAGACACAAUCAAAAACUACUUCCGACCUCAUUGAGGGUUUGGCUAUAAG